UUAUUUUGCGAAAUUUAGGGUUACUGCAAUCUUCUUCUUCCUUGUCGCCGCCGCAUCAAAGGGAACGGAAGCAAGAGGAGACUUGCAUCUCUGUGCAGCAACAUGACAUUCAAGCGUAGAAAUGGUGGCAGGAACAAGCAUAACCGUGGUCAUGUGAACCCAAUCAGGUGUUCCAACUGUGGAAAGUGUUGCCCCAAGGAUAAGGCGAUCAAGAGAUUCAUCGUAAGGAACAUUGUUGAGCAAGCUGCUAUCAGGGAUGUUCAAGAGGCCAGCGUCUACGAUGGUUACGCUCUACCAAAGCUUUACGCUAAGAUGCAAUACUGUGUCUCAUGUGCCAUCCACUCUCACGUUGUGAGAGUCCGAUCCACCACCAACCGUAGGAUUCGUACCCCACCACCUCGGUUUGCCAGACGCAAGGAGGAUACACCCAAGCCUGGACAACCUGGUCAGGCUCCUCGCCCUGCCGGUGGUGCACCUGCUGCUCCUCGUGCUUGAAGACGUAAAGAAGCUGUUUAUCCAAAACUUUUUCUUUUCUAGUUUCAGUCUUCCUUUUGUCUGAAAUUUUUGAAGAUGUGUUCUACAUUUUGAUGAUUUUGCUAUAUGGAGCUUUAAAUGUUUCAAACCCAAAUUUUUUAGUUGAUUUGA